AUGGCUCAAAAAUCAGCUAUUUUGUCUGUCUAUGACAAGACCGGUCUCCUCGACCUGGCCAAAGGUCUUGCUCAGCAGAAUGUCCGUAUUCUUGCGUCCGGUGGCACGGCCAAGAUGAUUCGGGAAGCUGGCUUCCCUGUCGAGGACGUUUCCGCCAUCACCAACGCCCCCGAAAUGCUCGGCGGUCGUGUCAAGACCCUCCACCCUGCCGUCCACGGUGGCAUUCUCGCCCGUAACAUCGAAUCCGACGAGAAGGAUCUCGCCGAACAAAAAAUCAACAAAGUCGACUAUGUCGUCUGCAACCUGUACCCAUUCAAGGAUACCGUCGCAAAGCCCAAUGUGACCAUCGCCGAGGCCGUUGAGGAAGUCGAUAUUGGCGGCGUGACUCUUCUCCGUGCUGCUGCUAAGAACCACGCUCGCGUUACGAUUCUGUCCGACCCGAAAGAUUACCCUGAAUUCCUCAAGGAGCUCGAGGCUGGUGAGAUUUCAGAGCAGACUCGUAAGCUUUAUGCUCUCAAGGCUUUUGAGCAUACUGCAGACUACGAUGCUGCUAUUUCGGCAUACUUCCGUAAGCAGUAUGCUGGUGACGGUGUGCAGUACCUCUCUCUUCGUUAUGGUACCAACCCACACCAGAAGCCUGCUGCGGCUUAUGUCACUGGAGGCAAGCUGCCAUUCAAGGUGCUUGGUGGUUCUCCCGGAUACGUUAACCUUCUCGACUCGCUCAACGCCUGGCCACUUGUCAAAGAAUUGAAGCAGGCUCUCGGUCUCCCUGCUGCCGCCAGCUUCAAGCAUGUUUCUCCCGCUGGCGCUGCUAUUGGUGUCCCUCUUAAUGAGAAGGAGCGCAAAGUCUACUUUGUCGACGAUAUUGCUGGAAUUGAAUCCUCUCCUCUGGCUCAGGCCUACGCUCGUGCCCGUGGUGCUGACCGCAUGUCCAGCUUCGGAGACAUCAUCGCGCUCAGCGACAAGGUCGAUGUCCCCACUGCAAAGAUCAUCUCUCGUGAGGUCUCCGACGGUGUUAUUGCCCCCGAUUACGAGCCCGAGGCUCUCGAAAUCUUGAAGAAGAAGAAGGGCGGAAAGUACCUCGUCCUCCAGAUCGACGAGACCUACACCCCUCCCGCAACCGAGACUCGUACCUUGUACGGUGUCCAGCUUGAGCAAGGACGCAACGACUUCACUGUCACCUCCAAGACAUUCAGCAGCAUCAUCACACCCAAGGACACCAAAACCCUUCCCGAGUCCGCUCUCCGCGACUUGACCGUCGCCACCAUCGCACUUAAAUACACCCAAUCCAACUCCGUCUGCUACGCUCUUAAUGGUCAGAUCAUCGGUCUCGGUGCCGGCCAACAAAGUCGUAUCCACUGCACCCGUCUCGCUGGCGAUAAGGCUGAUAACUGGUGGAUGCGAUUCCACGAGCGCACGCUCAACAUCAAAUGGAAAGCAGGUGUCAAGCGUGCCGAUAAGAGCAAUGCCAUCGACAUGCUCACCUCCGGCCAGGUCCCACCUCGCAACGAGGUUGAGAAAGCCGAAUAUGAGCGAGUGUUUGAGGAAGUCCCCGCUCCUUUUACCGCUGAGGAAAGAGAGGCAUGGUUGAAGCAAUUGACCAACGUCGCUGUGUCCUCGGAUGCUUUCUUCCCAUUUAUUGAUAAUGUGUUCCGUGCUGCUCGCUCUGGUGCCAAGUAUAUUGCUGCUCCUAGUGGAAGUCAGAAUGAUGGACCUGUUUUUGAAACUGCGGAGAAAUUGGGAAUUACUUUUGUUGAGCAGAGUACCCGUUUGUUCCAUCAUUAG